AAGUAUUUCUGUAUUGCAGACUACAGUAAGGCCGGUUCCCCUGUGCAAUAAAAAUAAAAGCUUUUUGGUUCCUCUUUUAGGUUGCCAGCCAAGCCAACGUUCUUCCGCCUCAUUUCUGAUCUGGUUCUCCAGGUGUCCUUCGAAGUCUCUCAAAAAGAUUUUGUAAAGUUUAAAUGUGGAAUCUGAAGCUGCUGACACCAGGCGGUGAUGAUGAGAGAGAUGCGACUUUGUUGGAUGAAGAAUCAGACGGCUUCUGUUCUCUCUCUUACACGCAGAGAAUGUAUGCAUUCGCUGCGUGUUUCGUCGGUGGUUUCGUUUGUAUGAUUCUGUCAAUGGUUGUGUUUCUCAAACCCAUCAAAUUUGCGAUAUUGUUCACUUUUGGCAAUGUGUUGGCUGUUGGAAGCACAGCCUUCGUUAUUGGACCUACACAACAGUUAAAUAUGAUGUUUGAUUCCACCCGUCUUUAUGCAACAGCUGUUUACCUUGGAUGUGUUGUUAUAGCUCUCAUUUGUGCUCUCUGGAUCCAUAACAAAAUUCUAACAAUACUCGCAAUCAUUUGUGAAAUCCUUGCUCUUAUCUGGUAUGCGUGCUCUUGCAUACAUCUGUCAAUCUGGUGGCAGACACUGCCUUGAAUUCUUUUCACUAAAUUAUCUUUGGUACAGUCUAAGUUAUAUUCCUUUUGCUCGAAGAGUGGUUUCCGAAUUGUUGGUUCGAUUUUGUGACACCGAGCUCUAGACAAUGCAAACUCAGAAGACAGUAAUUUCUUUCAUUCUGUUUUUGCUCAAGGUUGAGAUAGUGCUAGGAGUUAUUUGACUGAGUUGAGUUUUCAUGGCUUUUGAUUGUUAAAAUGAUAAAUUCUGUAAAUCUACUUAUGACAUUUGAGAAAACAAUUCUGUGAAGGGGCAAUGCCGAAAUUGACAACGCUA